AUAUUAAUCAGAUGCCAUAUAAACAAUUGGAGAUGUAUGUCGCCACCCAGUUGAACCCAAAGGCUGAAUCGCAAACUGACCAAGGCAGUUGAUAAUAUGAUGGAGAAGAAUGCAUACACCAUGGCCACCUUGGGCCUAGACACCAAGGACGGCCAGCCAAAGCGGGAUUGUGGCUUCUACAUGAAAUAUUUCUUCCUCUUCCUCUCCCUCAUCCAGUUCCUUAUCAUUCUGGGACUGGUACUUUUCAUGAUCUACAGCAACCCCCUGGAAGGCACUGAGAAACACCUCAAGGGGUUGACAAACCAGCUUCAGGAGAACGAUAAGAAGAUCAAAGCCCUCAACGAAGAGAUUGGCAAACUCAAGCGCCAGCUGAAUGCCACGGAGAAGGAAGGCCGUCUGUUACAGACUCAAAUGCUCAGGUUAAACACCACCCUGAGGCUUUGCAACAAUGAAAAGAUAAAGCUGAAGGAACAACAGCUGAGCAAUACAGCAGCUCUCUCAGCAGCAAAUGAAAAUAAAUUCAACUUGCAGCUUUUGAAUAUUACUUGCGUUGCACAAGUGAGUUCUCUGGAGAAGCGGCUGGUGGCCACAGAGCUGACAAGCCAGAUGGAGCGAGACAGCUUAAGCCGGGACAGCAAGUCUUGGCAAGACAAAGCCGAAAAUGCAGAGAAAGAGAAGAACGAAUGCCAGCUAGACAAACUCCAGCUGCAAACACGGGAACAGAAGUACCAGGAGCUCAAGUCCACAGUGGUCCAACAGCUAGAACCUGCCCUUCAGAACUUGAGGACUUCAGGGGACCAGUUUUUGAAUUCCUAUGAGGGUCGUGGCUGUUACCGCUCUGAGGUUGAAAACACGUUCCGCUCUCUCUUCAGAAAUCUACAGACCCAUCUUGAUUCUGUGGGACAACAACUUGACAAGAAGGCCAACGAGGUGACUCAAGAGAAUGCCCUGUUGCAAAGCCAGAAAGCUGCCUGUAAGCAACACCUGCAGGAACGGGACCAGCAGAUCAGAGUCCAGCAGCAGCAGUUUGAGUGGCAGAAGAAGGCCCUGCAAGAAGCCCAAGAAAUUCAAACUCAGAAAAUAAGAGGCGAAUACAGGAAGAUGCUUGAUGAGACCGAAAGCUUGAAGCUGCAGCUCCAGCAGACCAAACAGGCCUGCAUCAGCCUGAGGACUUCAGCUCCGGGCAACACGGCUUUAAGGAACCCGUUAAGUCUGGGUCCACCUAAUUCCUUUGGCACCUUUCCAAGGAGUUUGGGGAACACUGGAAGUCUCGGGAAUCCUAUUGGAGCUGCAGCAAGCUCUAAUGCCUUCAGCAAUCCAAACCUAUGGGGGAGGCCAAGUUCACCUGCUCAGCCCAGUUCUGGAUCUCAGCGGAAUCUAAGCACAGCUGAACAAAAUAAACUCCAGGAGAUCUUAAAGGCUGCUGCAGAGACUGGAAAGUUGCCAAACAUAGUACCAGUGAAUCCAGUGGGGCAGCCAAGGAGCUAAAGGAAAUGUUGACAAAGACAACUAAGAAUUCAAAACAGCCCCUGAGCAUAAGACUGAAGUGUUGAGUGGGGACAGGAAAACAUUCACCUCUGUGGAAAAGACUUCAAGCAGUAAUUGAAGAGAGAAGGCCUGGAAGAGCUCUCCAGCCAGUGGAGUGGAUCUCAAGUUGGGAUCCUGCCCUCUUCUCUAACACAACUGACAUUUAAUUCUAGCUCAGUCUUGCACACUGAUCCGGUCUUUCACUGAUCCAGCAUUGAUUUCCUUCAGUAUCUUUAGGUUCAUUCAAAUAUCUUACCCUUUCAUCAAAUUGAGGAUCCAUUGAUGAACAUUCCACAUGAAUCAUUCUAUCUCAGGUUGUUUUACUUGUAGAAUUAUGGCAGGCAUAGAAUGUGAUCCCUGUGACAUCAGCCAGGUGAGAUAUGGAUGCCAUCCGUCAAUAUUUUCAGUGAUUUCAUACCUCUACUACACUUGUUCGAAAUGAAAGCAAAAAGGAUGGAAAUUGUAAAUGCACUCUUCACCUAAAUGAAGAAUUAUUGUUCCUGCAGUUUUGUAAAAUGCUGUGGCAUAUUUAUGUAUAUAGCUUUAUGUAGGCAUGCACACAUAUAUUGGAGAAGUAUUUCUCUUGAUUAUUAGCUGAGAUGAAGGUUUCCUGUUCACCACUGGCAUCUGAUUAUCCAGUCCACGGAAACUGGAUAAUCUGUGGUAUCCCACUAAAGUUGACCACAAUUACUGUAUGUCUGAUAACAGAGUUGAAAAGCUCUUUCUCUUCCCUGGUUUGGUCAGUAAACCCAUCUGACAUUUGUUCUAUUACAAUAACAAAUCGUUCUGUGGAGAUAAACUGCUAUUUACAAAAUAUAUUCCAUUCAAAUGAUUAAGAGGAACAAUAUGGAAGGUGCACAACUAAUAAACAUCCUAUGAAAAUCUA